AUGGCACUCGUGCUCGCAGCCCUACGCGUCCUGCUGGGCUGCUUCUUCGCUCUCACCGGGGCGGCCAAGCUCUCGCAGAUCUCGGCUCCGGUGUCGGAGCAGAUGAAAGCUCUGUUCGUGCAGUUUGCUGAGGUGUUCCCAUUGAAGUUAUUCGGCUACCAGCCAGAUCCCAUGAACUACCAAACAGCUGUGGGAUGGCUGGAACUGCUGGCUGGGUUGCUGCUGGUCCUGGGCCCACCGAUACUGCAAGAGAUCAGUAACUUUCUCUUGACCCUGCUCAUGAUGGGGGCUGUCUUCACUUUAGCGUCCCUGAAGGAGUCACUGAUCACCUGUGUCCCAGAUUGUCUGGGGCUCCUACUGCUGCUGGAUAUCUGCCAUCUCUUCACCCAAUCCAAGAAGGUGAUCAGACACUCUAGGAUGAAGACUCCAUGUGCAUUCAGGGAACCCUGGCAGUAGAGUCUCUUUAUAUCAUGCAGCUAUCACUGCAAGAACACACUAGAACACAGAGUCUCCAGAAUGUCCAGGGUCAUUCACUGUUGAGAGACCCCUUGUCUACCUGGCCCUGACUUCUCUGUAACUAUAUUGCUCUGUUUUGAGGGGUACAUAUUCCACAUACUAACAUUCCUCAUGUCAUGUGAAAGUAGAAAAUAAGCAGAAAAAAAUUUUAAAUCACUAAAAUUCAAAUGCCCCAUAACAACCACUUUUAAUGCCUUGGUAUAGCUUACCUCAUGACCUUUCUGUGCCUUUACACAGAUGCCUACUUUUAAAUGAAAAUGAGACCAUAUCUCCACAUUACUACCUACUUUUAAAACCUAAUAUUACUA